UUUACCAGGGCCAAAAAGCAAAUUCAGCACACAGAAAGCCAUUGUAUUAAAAAGGUCUUUUUUUCUGUGUAUGCACAUAAAACAUUUCCACCACUAGGGGGAGACAAAAGUCGCUAUUAAACCACCUGCUUAAUUGGACCCCGAUUUAAAAAGAAACCAGUUUUACUCUCCUUAUGUAAUUCUUGGGUUUUCAUGAGUAUGAAUAAGUCUCUAAAAUAAAUUAAUGAAAUUAUGUUAAAUAACCUUCGACAUAUUGGGGUUUGGUCCAAAGAAAGCUUGCUGUAGCACUUCUGCGGACGAAGAGUAUGUUAGCGCUUUGUGACGUCCGCACGCGCCCGUUAAAUAGCUAUUUUUUACACAUAAAGGGCCACGUUUCAUCCACGUCAGCAUCGGUAGACCACUGGGGAGGGUUUGAAAGUCACAGAGAUUCAAAGAUGCAAAGUAGAGAAGUACCAAAGGAAAGUCAACAAGAGUGAACAGGUGGCAGGACUUGUAGGAGUGCCUUCUGUCUUUUUAUCUUGUGUUUUCCUGAUGCAAUCAUGUGGAUAUACACACAUUUGGAUGCUGGCCUCAGUGUUGAUGCUUGGUGUGACAAUGGGGAUUCCAAAGCCCGUGCAGUCCACAACAAGUCAGGAUGAUACGACCAGGAAAGAAGAGACACAAAUAAUGUCCAUUCGGUGGGAACAUGUGCAAACGCCUUAUACGGUUGCAGCAUUCGUACUGUUGGCUUUUUUGGCCAAGCUAGUGAUCGAGGUCAACCAUCAUGUGACCAGCCUCAUCCCAGAGAGUGCCUUGCUCAUUUGCUUUGGUUUCAUCCUGGGCGGCAUCAUCUUGAGUGCUGGCCAGUCCUUCAAGCUCACUCCGACCAUUUUCUUCUUCUUCCUUCUGCCUCAAAUCGUUCUGGAUGCAGGCUACUUUAUGCCAAACAGGCUGUUCUUCAGCAACAUGGGCACCAUUCUAGUCUACGCCGUCAUUGGGACCUGCUGGAACGCCGCCAGCGUGGGGUUCACGCUAUGGUUGUGUGAAAUGGGAGGAGCCAUGGGUGGUGAUGUGAACAUCAGCCUGCUCCAGUAUCUUUUGUUUGGGAGCCUGAUUUCUGCUGUGGACCCCGUGGCAGUUUUUGCUGUGUUUGAGGAGGUCCACGUCAAUGAGGUGCUAUUCAUCCUGGUGUUUGGGGAGUCACUGCUCAAUGAUGGUGUGACAGUGUUGCUCUUCCGCAUGUUUGAGACAUUUGUUUCCCUGGGAGUACCCAACAUUGAAGUUGUGGACAUAAUCAACGAAAUAGUUUCCUUCUUUGUAGUGGCACUGGGUGGCUCCCUCCUCGGCAUGGUGUUUGGUUUGCUGCUCUCGCUUCUGACCAGAUUCACUAAAAACAUCCAGAUCAUUGAACCGGGCUUCAUCUUUGUGGUGGGGUACCUCUCCUACCUCACUGCUGAGAUGCUCUCCCUCUCUGCUAUCCUUUCAACUGUGUUUUGUGGUGUGUCCUGCAAGAAGUACAUCAAUGCCAACAUGGAUGAGAAGUCAGUGACCACUGUCAGAUAUGCCAUGAAGGUGCUUGCUAAUGGAUCGGAAACCAUCACGUUUGUUUUCCUCGGCAUCUCAGCCUUUGAUAAAACAUGGAAGUGGGACACGGGCUUUGUCCUCCUCACACUCCUUUUCAUCUUUGUGUAUCGCUUCAUAGGUGAGAUGUUAGCAGAUAAGAGUGCAAUGUGGAUGCAAAAUUGUGCCAUGUGUUUCUCUUGUUUAAUGUGUGAAACAGGAAUUUUUUUCCUAACCUGGAUCAUGAACAAAUUCCGACUCAUUCACCUCGAGGUCAUCGAUCAGAUCAUUAUGAGCUACGGUGGCCUACGAGGGGCGGUUGCAUAUGGCCUGGCAGUGAUGCUGGAUGACAAGAUAAACGAGAAGAAUCUAAUGAUCUCCACCACUCUGAUUGUAGUUUAUGUUACUGUUAUCAUUCAGGGACUAACACUAAAACCUCUUGUCACCUGGCUGAAAGUAAAGAGGGCUUCUGUGGCUGAACCAACUCUUAUAGAAACAGUGCAGAAUAAGGUCUUUGAUCACAUGCUUGUCGCCAUCGAAGAUAUAGCUGGACAAUUUGGUCCCAACUACAUGAUGGACAAGUGGAAUCAUUUUGAAGAGAACUGGGUGUCUGCGAUCUUGAUGAAACCAUCCGCUAGAAAGAAUCGUGACUAUGUGUUCAAAGUUUUCCAUCAGCUCAACCUCAAGGAUGCCAUAAGCUAUGUAGCUGAGGGUGAACGAAAUGGCUCUUUGGCGCUUAUCCGGAAUCAAUCCGGAUUUAUUGAAAUGGAGAAAAAGUUUGGCGAAAAGCCCUCAGACGUGAUGGCUGAUAUGGCAUGCAGACGCACUGGACUUCCCCCGAUACGGAGAAGGGAACCUGAGCCAUUUGUGAGCUUGGAAAUGCAUGGGACGACCAAGAAUGGUGAAAAGCAAGCAGAGGACAACAGUCACCAUCUCCUACAGAAGCACUUAUACAAGGGCAGAAAACAGCACCGGCACAGGUACAGCCGGAGCUAUAUUGACGUCAACAAGGACAAACACGAGGUGCAGGAGAUCUUCAGGAGGACCAUGAAAAGUCGUUGGGAGCAUUUCAAGUCUGCUAAGAUGGGUACCGCUCUGCCAAAGACAAGUAGCAAGCCCCAAAAGAAAGACCAGCAAACUAAGAUUGCAACUGGAAAAUUAUACACUUAUGAAGAGGAAGAUGCGUCGGAUGAGGACAGCGCCUCCGCGUACUCAGAUGACUCGCUCAGCAUGAAGGUCACCCCUAAAACAGAAGCUGAACAUGAAAGGCCAACGUUCUCGCUGGAGUCCGACUCUGCAGAAACGGCGCCUGCCCCACCAUGGCUGCCAGAGACUGAGGCUGAUAGCACCGUGGUGGGCCCCUCACAGGGGGCCCAGGAGGGAAGGCCACAGACGUAAGAGCAGAACGGGGCGCCAGCACGCUGAUCAAGACACACAGGACUCUUUCACGCCAGCCGAGGAGGAGCUGCCGCCACCAAUACCACCACCUACGUCACCUAACAAUGGUGGUCACAUGUAGCCUUGCUCUUUUUCACUUAAAUUUGACUGGCAAAGCCACUGCACCUGUCAAAAGUAUUAUCAAGUAAAAGGGACAAUAUGCCCAAUGGCUACUUGUGAGAUACAUGCCCCCUCCAUGUUUUUUUUUUUUUUUUUUUGCAUGUUUGUCACACUUAAAUGUUUCAGAUCGUCAAAGAAAUUUAAAUAUUCGUCAAUUGACAACACAACUGAACACAAAAUGCACUUUUUAAAUGGAACCUUUUAUUAUGAAGGGAAAAAAAAUCCAAACCUACAUGGCCCUGUGUGAAAAAGUGAUUGACCCCCUGUUAAAACGCAGCAGAUUAAGAUCUAUCAGUCUGGAAAAGGUUAUAAAGCCUUUUCUAAAGCUUUGGGACACCAGGAAACCACAGUGAGCCAUUAUCCACAAAUGGCGAAAACAUGGAACAGUGGUGAACAUUCCCAGGAGUGGCCGGCCAACCAAUCUUACCGCAAGAGCGCAGUGACGACCCAUCCAAGAGCUCACAAAAGACCCCGCAACAUCCAAAAAACUGUAGGCCUCCAUUGCCUCAGCUCAGGUCAGUGUUCAUGACUCCAUCAUGAAGACACUGGGCAAAAACGGCCUCCAUGGCAGAGUUCCAAGACCAAAACCACUGCUGAACAAAAAAACAUUAAGGCUCAUCUCAGUUUUACCAGAAAACAUCUUGAUACCCAAGACCUUUGGGAAUAUACCAAAAAAAUAUACAAAAAAUGCCAACAAAAGUGUAAUGGUUGGGGCUGUUUGGAACCAAGAUUUGUAUCUACCAAAAAAAUCCUGAAGGAGAAUGUCCGGCCAUCUGUUCAUGGCGCCAAGCUGAAACCAACUUGGGUUCCGCAGCAGGACAAUGAUCCAAAACACUCCAGCAAGUCCACUUCUGAAUGGUUGAAGAAAAAAUGAAAGACUUUGGAGUGGCCAAGUCCAAGUCUGUUGAGAUGCUUUGGCAUGACCUUAAAAAGGCGCAUCAUGCUGGAAAACCCUCCAAUGUGGCUGAAUUACAACAAUUCUGCAAAGAUGAGUGGGCCAAAAUUCCGCCACACCGCUGAAAGAGAUGCAUUACAAGUUACUGCAAACGCUUGAUUGCAGUUGUUACUGCUAAUGGCGGCCCAACCAGUUACUAGCUUUAGGGGGCAAUCACUUUUUCAAACAGGAUCAUGUAGGUUUGGAUUUUUUUUCUCCUUUAAAAAGCAUUUUGUGUUCAGUUGUGUUGUCAUUGACUUAAUAAUUAAAUUUGCUUGAUGAUCUGAAACUACAGUGUGACAAACAUGCAAAAAAAUAAAUCAGGAAGGGGGCAAACACUAAACUACUGUAUAUCACCGUAUAGAAGUCAAACACUGCAGAAUAACCUGUUCCUACAUGCUAUUAUAAGACAUUUUUGAGGGAGGCAUAGACAUGCAUUGAGUGACAUUUUAUUCAUUAUAAGGGUGUAAAGUUAAUUUGAGUAUGAUCAGUGUAUUGCACCAGCCAGCAGGUCAAUGACUUAUUGAAUUUAGGGAAUGCGGAUUUUAUUUAAAAUAGUCGAUGUAAUGGUAAAGGCAGAGGGUGUACGUUUAUUCCUGCCUAGGGUUGCAUCUGAAGGACAUCCAGCGUAAUGAUCGUCUGAUGAACGUCCUCAACUUUGUUUUAUGACAAGCUGAUUCUGUGUCAUUUAAAGGGAUUGCAUAUGAAUUUGCAUCUAAUCAAAAUACAUGAUUAGAAUAGAGUAGAAUGCCAUGGUUUGGUCAGGUCGGAUAGAUUUCAUUUUAGCAUGGAGAAAUCUAUUUCUUUAAAUAAAAAAAAAUCCCAUUAAAUCUGUCAAACGCUCAUUUCAUUAGAUAUGAUGUACAGUUGUGCUUAUAUCACGAUCUCAUUACAAAUAGUCCAUUUCUGACAUUUCUAGGUGCCUUGUAAUAUCGUCUGUUAUUAUUCUUUCAUUUCCAGGAUCCUUGAGGUAAAAAUGAGAUCCAUCAAGCAUUCUGAUGGUGAAAUCUCCUGUCGUGAUGUCUUUCCAUGCUGUUGACAAAAACAAGUGCAGUGAGUUGCAUUUAAAUUGUGUUGAUAUGCAGUGUCAGCCAACAAAAACUAUAGAGUACACAUGGCGUGAUUGCAUAGUAAGUAAAUAGCUGGAGUUGUAUGCCAAAGUAUAUUUUGAGACAAUAUUAGCUAAUGCUAUUUAUCAUCUUAAGGACUAACCUUGCAAAUCAUGAGGAAUAUCAUCUUUCCCAUCCAUACAUGUGAUUGGGCAGGAGAGCAAUGGACUGACUGGCUUAUUGCACCUACAGAAAAUCACAAUUACUAUAAAUAUUUUGAUUUGGAUUUCUGAAGUUCUGAAGCCGGGUCAUCCGGGGUGAGAACUCAUGAAUGGAAAGCGGAACAACAGGUGGGUUUGGAGUAUCCACGGCGAUAAAUAAGAACAAAUCCUUUAGUUGUCACGUGGAUUUCUACUCUUGUAAAAGACUCCUUUACCAUGCUGAAAUGCAAAAGGAGACUGUUUAAUGCAUCGCAACAUAUUAUAGCAUCCUCAAAUGCACCGUUUAU